CCCACCGGAAGCAGCCGGCGGGAAACGGCGUCCAGUGGACAAAAGCUCCGGCACUUCUUGGUUCCCGCGCGGCUGUCGGCCUGGUAGGCGCCGCGCCAUCGGCUUGGCUGAUCGCGGCUCCCGGGGAAGUGGACGCGGGCCUCGUCUUCCCAACGCUAUGAUUCCGGUGUCGCUGCUGGUGGUGGUGGUGGGCGGCUGGACCGCCGUCUACCUGGCCGACUUGGUUCUUAAGUCAUCUGUGUAUUUUAAGAAUUCUUAUGAAGACUGGCUGGAAAACAACGGACUGAGCGUGUCUCCCUUUCACAUCAGAUGGCAGACUGCUGUUUUCAAUCGUGCCUUUUACAGUUGGGGGCGGAGGAAAGCAAGGAUGCUUUACCAGUGGUUCAAUUUUGGAAUGGUGUUUGGUGUGAUUGCCAUGUUUAGCUCUUUUUUCCUCCUGGGAAAAACGCUGAUGCAGACUUUAGCACAAAUGAUGACUGAUACUCCCUCUUCCUCUUCUUCCUCCUCUUCCUCCUCUUCUUCCUCUUCCUCCUCUUCCUCCUCUUCCUCUUUUUCAUCUUCCUCAUUUAACAAUGAGCAAGUGCUACAAGUUGUGGUUCCUGGUAUCAAUUUACCCAUCAACCAACUGACCUAUUUCUUUGCUGCAGUCCUCAUUAGUGGUGUGGUACAUGAAAUUGGACACGGAAUAGCAGCUAUUAGGGAACAAGUUCGCUUUAAUGGCUUCGGAAUUUUUCUCUUCAUUAUCUAUCCUGGAGCAUUUGUUGAUCUGUUCACCACUCAUUUACAACUUAUAUCACCAGUCCAGCAACUAAGGAUAUUUUGCGCAGGUAUCUGGCAUAAUUUCGUCCUUGCACUCCUGGGUAUUUUAGCUCUUGUUCUCCUCCCUGUAAUUCUCCUGCCAUUUUACUACACUGGAGUUGGGGUGCUUAUCACUGAAGUUGCUGAGGACUCACCUGCCAUUGGACCUAGAGGCCUUUUUGUGGGAGAUCUUGUCACCCAUUUACAGGAUUGUCCUGUUACUAAUGUGCAAGAUUGGAAUGAAUGUCUAGAUACCAUCGCCUAUGAGCCCCAAAUUGGUUACUGUAUAAGUGCAUCAACUUUACAACAGUUAAGCUUCCCAGUCAGAGCAUAUAAGCGGCUAGAUGGUUCAGUUGAGUGUUGCAACAACCACAGUCUCACAGAUGUGUGCUUCUCCUACAGAAAUCAUUUCAAUAAGCGAUUGCAUACAUGUCUCCCAGCUCGGAAAGCCAUUGAAGCCAUGCAAGUUUGUAGAACCAAUAAAGAUUGUCUUAAAGCCUCAAGUUUCUGUAUAAUACCAUCUUUGGAAAUGCAUACUCGCUUAAUCAAAGUGAAGCACCCACCGCAUAUUGAUAUGUUGUACGUAGGACAUCCACUGCACCUUCACUACACAGUGAGUAUCACCAGUUUUGUCCCACGCUUCAACUUCCUAAGCAUAGAUCUUCCUGUGGUUGUGGAGACAUUUGUCAAGUACCUGAUAUCUCUCUCAGGAGCUUUGGCUAUUGUUAAUGCAGUGCCCUGCUUUGCUUUGGAUGGACAGUGGAUUUUAAAUUCAUUCCUGGAUGCUACCCUCACCUCAGUGAUUGGAGACAAUGAUCUCAAAGAUCUGAUAGGUUUUUUCAUUUUGCUCGGUGGCAGUAUACUCUUAGCUGCCAAUGUCACUUUGGGUCUCUGGAUGGUUACAGCACGGUAAUAUCUUCACUCCACUGGCAAAGCCAUUGAGUUUCAGUAUACAAAAUUGAAAACCUAGAGGAGGUAGAGCUCAGUGGUAGAGCAUUUGACUGAAAAAUGGAAAACCUACUUGAUAUAAAACAUGAAGUGUUUCCUUAAAAUUCUAUUUUUAACCAGCAACUUUAAUAUCUUCCAAUAUCCUGAGUAUAUAAACUCUGAGGUAGGGAAAAAUAUGAAGUGAAAGCUACUGUUUCUGACCACAUUCUUGGUUUAAAUCCUGAAUUUAAAACAUCAGGUACUUGUGGAACUAUUUCUAAACAAGUAUAAUAAUAUGAAAUAAUUUUUGUGUAAUAUAUGUUGGUGUAGUAUGAGAGAAGACAAUUGG